AUGGAGCGCGAUAUCAUUAGCAGCUGCGGCCGGCAGUCGAGGCAGCCGUUCGGUGAUGCAAAAAACCGUUCCAAUAUAGUCCAGCCAAUUUUGCAACGGUCGCGCCCUAUUCCGUUGUCUCCUUCUCUGGAGAAGCUCAACUAUGCCGCCGCGGAACAAAGGACCCACGAGAGCCCGGACUCGCCAUAUACCCCCGUGGAGAAUAAACGGAUAUCAGCAGUUAUUGAAGCACAGCCGAAAUCAAACCGUAACUCGACGAUUUCGACAGGCUCUACAGCAUCGACAAAAUCUCGACGCAAGACCCACAUUGGGCCAUGGCAGCUCGGAAGGACGCUCGGUAAAGGAUCGACAGGCCGGGUGCGGCUUGCAAAACACGCGAUAACAGGCCAGUCUGCAGCUAUCAAGAUCGUGUCUAAGCGUUUUGCAGCAAUGGUGCAAAGUCAAAGCAUCAUGGUCAUGGAUAAGUUUACAAAAAUUCCCGGAUUCUCUCGAGAAUCAAGAGCUAUCCCUUGCGGCAUCGAAAGGGAAGUCGUUAUUAUGAAACUCAUUCAGCAUCCAAACGUCAUCGGCCUAUUCGAUGUAUGGGAAAAUCGAGGUGAAUUGUACCUUGUUCUCGAAUAUGUUGAAGGUGGUGAACUGUUCGAAUACAUAUCCGAGCAUGGGCCACUGCCUGAAAUUGAGGCCGUUCGCCUAUUUAGGCAGAUAAUUUCAGCAGUCUCUUACUGCCAUAGGUUCAAUAUCUGCCAUCGAGACCUAAAGCCUGAAAACAUUCUUCUUGAUGGUGCUCUCAACGUUAAAUUAGCAGACUUUGGCAUGGCUGCCUUACAACCUGAAGGCCAGCUGCUAAACACUUCUUGUGGAAGCCCUCACUACGCUUCACCUGAAAUAAUCUACGGCAAACCAUACCAAGGGGACAAAGCUGACAUUUGGAGCUGUGGGAUUAUCCUCUAUGCUCUCUUGUCCGGCUUUCUACCAUUUGAUGGGGGUGAUCUGCGAAACACGCUCAAACUUGUUAAAAAGGGGGAGUACGUUCUCCCACCUUGGUUGAGCGAUGAGGCUAUAGACCUGGUUCAGAGCAUUCUUCAGAAGGAGCCAGAGGAUAGGAUCACGAUUCAAGAUAUGUGGCAACACCCACUCCUGAAAAAAUACGAAAACCAUCCUCUCUUGCAAAAUGGAGUGUCCAUCGGUCCUGCUCCACCCUUGUCUUUGGAGAUUAAGGGGAAGGUAGUCAAUGGACGCCAAGAUAUUGACAUGGAGAUAUUGAGAAGCCUUCAAACCCUCUGGCAUGCUGUGGAUUCAGAGGAAUUGAUUAGGAAGCUUCUAAGCAACGAGGGUAACCACGAAAAAAUGUUCUAUCGUGCUCUGCAAAAAUUCAGAGAUGCUCAGCUGGAGGCCUCUGGUGAGCUGCCACUCAAACACUCAAGUAGUGACUACCAUCAUGCCCCAGUAGCCCAUACAAAGAAUCCAUACACUCCACCUCAAUCCUGGCAGGGAUCUCGGUUUUCCCUUGCUGGUGGUAGUACAUAUGCAAAGGAUGGCGGAUACCAGGUCCUUACCUCUAUGGGGACGAUCUCGACCUACGACCCAUACCGAUCUUCGCAGACGCCAACCCCGAACCCCCGCGUCGAAUAUGCUAAUGUUACCAUUCAUCGCCAACCAUCUCGAGCGACAGACCCAAGCCCUUCUCAAUCCCCAAAUUCCGUUAAUCAUUCAUCUCGAGAUCAGUCGUCGACACCGGGUCCCCCCUCGUCAUUCAGUGUGAUGCAAGGGUUUGAUUCCCAAAAAACUUCGUUAGCAUCGUUCCGAUCCUACAGCUCACUAGGAAGUUCUUCUCGCUACCGACCAACACGCGGCCCCAAGCACAUUAGCUACCGACGAAAUGUCAGCUUCAAGCAUCUUCAGAAUUCUCCAGCUACUCCUACCCCAGCUAAGGGUCGUGGAACUCGUUCUAACUCCCAGUAUUCACUGUGCCCUGGUAAGCCAGUUAAGCCACAGGUAGCCGGAAAGGUUCAAGGUCAGAUAUUAGAUCGCCCCAACGUGCCUUCUCUACCUACACCACCGUUUAUGAUGCAUAAACACAAGGAGCCGACAAACCAGGGUGGCUUAACAGUAGCCAAGUCUCGACUGUCGUGGAGAGAAGAUACCAGGAAAGUGUCAGCUGAGCUGGAAAAGCUGUGUGAAGAAGCUUUCAAUCAAGUUUCUGAUUCUUCAUCCAUUACAAAGGACUCGGAAGAUAAGGAAUUAUCAAACAGCCCCUCAACUUCGACAUCGGAACUAUCAUCAAUAUCUAGCAAUGAAGGCCCAGAACCAAAAGUAGAAGCGGUGAAAGACUUACUACCUAAGCAGCCCCAAGAAUCGCCUCGUACAUACGCAGCCCUGGAGUUGGCUGAGGCCCGGCGUCGACUGAUAGAACACUCAGCGCAGGCCGGUGCAGAUGGGCUGCCAGACUACCUCAAGAAUGUCAUUGCUCAUAUAGAUCGUCUCAUUGACGGUGAGACUGCAAAUUCCGCCAACAAACCAAUGACGAAACAGACAUUGGGAGCCCGAGAACCAACUGAGCGCCUUCCAGUUAUCUCUGAAGAAAACCAUCAUGACAAUGACUCCAAGUCAUUCCUUCCACCACACGAACCGAGCAAACCAUUAGAAUUGAAUUUGGAAAAUUGGGAAAUCAAGGAGUCCAUCAGGGUCGUGAAGAGUGAUUCUGUGAGAAGCAACCUCGGCAAUGUGAACCCUUUGGCCAUUCGCAAAAAGGGGAAAGCAGAAUUACCUGCUCUUGACUGCGGUUUCAACUCUUUUGGGUUUGCAGGGCGCCCCACUGGUUAUAAUGAAGAUAAUGCAGUAUCUCCAAGAGGUAGAGUAACCAGACAUGACUCUGGUUUAGAUUCAACCGAAGAAGAUCCGAAGUCUGCAAGAAGCAGUGCAGUUCGGAGCUCAGGUGAGACCAAGAAAUGGGCAUGGUUCAAGUACCGUCAUAGCAAUGAUGAUUCCCCUGUCGAGGACAAGGAGACUGGAGGUAAAAAGACCUUUACAGAUAUCCUUGAUCGAAUGCAGGAAGAACGAAGGAAUUCCACGCUAGAAAGCAUCGAACAGCAUUUCAAAGACCUAGGAGCAACGGCCGGAGGCCGUCGAUUGAUGAAACUUUUCAAAAUGAAAAAAUCAAACGACAGCAUCCAUGAACUUACACAUGAUAUUGACGAAACUGACGUGGCAAGCACCAUCAGCGAUACAGACAGCAAGCCCAACGAUAGCGGCGUCGAGUUAGACGACGAUAGCACUGCCGCCACCACACCUUCACGCAAGAAUAGCAAUGAUAUUCCUCUGACGAUCGGGUAUGCCAAUGCCAAUGCCUGGUUCUCUAAGUUUUUGCCGAUGAAGCAUGCAUCCAAGGUUUAUGCUCUUAACAUAUCGAAACCCCGAGCAAAGAGGGAAAUUCUCAAGAUCUUUAAAGAAUGGAAGAAAUAUGGCCUCGAGCAGCUUCGUCAGGAUAAACAAAACGACGUGAUCUGCGGGUCCGUGGGGGAACUGAACUUCCUUCGUCUUCGACCUGUUCAGUUUUCAGUGGAGUUCUUCUCUAUCCUUGAGCAUGGACGACACGCAAACCUCAGUCUUAUUCGCCUCCGUCAAGACCAAGGCGCUGCAUCGUCUUUCUAUAAAGUGGUUCAGACACUUGGGAUCGUCCUAAAAGAACGUAAUUAUCUCAUACAGGAUUCCCGCCGAGCUAAAAAGAUGAUUAAAGUCCUCUCUUAA